UUCAAUUUUUUUCCUUUCUCUCUUUUUUCUCACUUUUAUCAACAUUUCUAUUAAACUUCUUCUUUGUACCGUUCAUUUCGUCUUUGUUGUGGUCUACCUUCAUCAAAGUCUCGACAGGUACUUAAUUGGUGUCCCGCCUCUGUCUGAGCCAGUGUGUUUGUGUGUUCGUGCGGGUGUGUGAGCGGUUGCGAGGGUGCAUCCGGCGACGCUAUGGGGAUCCGCGACAAAGCCUCUCAUGUGUGUUUGGUCGUGCCAAGACAACAAGAAAACAAACUGUCAUAGGAGCUUUAAAAGAGACUGUGUAAUGCAGUGAGCUCAUACCAGGCAUUAAACUUCUAGAAUGUUCUCUUGAAUGAUGUCAGCCACAUGCCGUACAUACUGUUCUGCAUUAGACCGGUUGAGGGAACCGAUGAGAUAACAGAGAAUUGAUAGCAACGUUUAGAGAUUUCUUAAGAAAAAAACUUUAAUUUUCUAGGUUUAUCCUACAGGUAAUACAGGACAACAAUUGACGUGAGGACUGGACAUACAGGUGAGACCUACAGCUCUGUUUCCUGUCUGUUGAUUGAAGAUGAUGGCGUUUACCGCGAUUGCUCUUGUGGCCUCCAUAGUCAUGUUUUCUCAGACUUCCACAACUACAGCUGACACAACAUUUGAUCCGCCAUUACUAUUUGAAAUGACAACAUCUUCAAUUUUGCCACCAGCAUCCACAACUGUAGCUACAUCAGCUUCCACAACUACAACUGCAACAACAUCAAUUUUGACACCAGCAUCCACAACUGUAGCUACAUCAGCUUCCACAACUACAACUGCAACAACAUCAAAUCAGACAUUCCUAUCUGCAAUGAAUACGUCUUCAAUUUUGACACCAGCAUCCACAACUGUAGCUACAUCAGUCACGACUACUGAAGCAGCGACAACCUAUGCGAUCCAAUUCACUCAGAAGUUCUCAUCAGCAACGAUAACGACAUCGCCAUCAGUGUGUGAUGUUACCAACACUACGACUCUCUCUGCUGGGGAAGUCCGCUACCUGACUUCUCCAAACUACCCGUCUGAUUAUGACAAUAACCUCGACUGCUGGCGACUGCUCAUCGCCCCUAACGGUGCUGUCAUCAAAGUGACUGUUCUGUACGCCGCUUUCGAGCAAAGAUACGACUACCUUAAUAUAUAUGAUGGUAUGUCGAAUUCAUCCAACUUACUUGCUGGGAUCAGCGGCACCUUAGCAUCGCCGGCCUCCUACAACAGUUCAGGACACUACUUGCUCCUCCACUUUCACACCGACUACAAUAAGGUCAACUCAGGCUUCAAUCUGACCUACGAGGUCAGUCUUCCGCAGUCUGCAUCCACAUCUGUCACGAGUACUGAGGCGGCUACAACCAAUAGCCCCAAGUGCAGAACGAUAACGACAACACCAUCAGGCUAUAAUUCAGCCACUGGUAUCCUCACUGACAACAUCAUUCUCUGUGUUAUUGCUUCGGUAUUUGUGGCCAUGAUGAUACAGAUUGGACACAAUGGUUCUGUACUGUAGUCGAACAAGACCAGAUGUCGAUUUAAAUUUUCAUGUAACACUGAUAAUCACACACACACACACACACACACACACACACACACACACACACACACACACACACGUUCAAGCUAAAAGAUGUGUCAGGGACGAGCUGUACUCUCGAGGAAAAUCUAAAUUUUUAUUACAUCUUGCUUCUUCACUCAAAUGAGCAUCAUACCACAUUAAAGUGUUAAUUCCUGAAAACGUGAGAUAACCUUUAAAGUUUCUAUGUGUUAAACUAAAUGUCUUAAAAGAAAAUGUUAUCAAGUGUAAUGUUCUGUUUUACUUGCAUUUUACUCUUUUUGCUACUUACUUGUUUAACUCUCAAAAUGACUCACAAACACACACAUAUAUAUAUAUAGACUUAGACUAAUUCUCUUUACCUAAAGUUUGUCCUUUUUUGCUCUUUAUGGUUCAUUUUAUGCUCUUCAUGUCGUCGAUGUGUGACAUUUUUCUUCUGGGUCUCUCUUGACAUGGUUAUAUAUUUCUUAUAUUGAGAGAAUUUGCUUUCAAUUGCUUGCGAUAUUUUAGUUCUUCUUUGGUAUUUGUGAUUAUAUUGAUACGUUUUUUAAAAUGUAUGUUUAAACUAUAAUUUUCAUUGCUUGCUUGGUUGUAAUUAUUUUGGCUUCCUAGAUUGACGUUUAUCUACACCAGGGAUGCCCAACCUACGACUCGCCGGCAACAUCCGGCCUGCUCAUUUUAACGAGACUUAACAUAUUUCGUUUUUAACAUCAUAAUUUUGGCAAAACUGCCAUUUGCUGACCCUAGACACUUUAUAUCAUGUCCAGAGCGGCCCUCGGGUGAGAAAAGGUUUGGCACACCCUGAUCUACAUUUAGAACCGAGUUCUUGUGAAGACGAGUUUCAAGAAAGUGCGGAAAGGUUGUCAUGGUGUGUAGAAGGAAUGGAAGGAGGUUUGAAGAAAGGUGGAGAAUCAAACAAUAAUUACUUAAAAAGAUUAUAGAAUGACAUUGGAGUAAGCCAUUGGGAGCUCAUCAACGUUAAACACACAUUAGAUUUAAUGAAAUAUUUCUUUGCUCACUAUACCUCUAUACGUUGAUGUAUACAUAAAAGAGAGGGAGAGAGAGAGCGGAGGAUGAAGAAAGAGGGAGAAGCCUAGUUGAAGUCCUUGACUAUGGAGCAGAAGGUCAAUGGUUCGUUUUCUUGUCUGGCUGUGCCUCGAUUAUUUCCCCUGCCCACAUAGCUACUGAGAAUUUAUGAGUGUGUAUCUGAUUAUUUCAGGGGAGGUAAAGAAGACUGAAAAAAGGAUGGAAUUUGUCUUCCAUAAGCUGUGUUUUAAAAAUGCUUUAAAAGUGGAUUCACUUCCCCAUAUUUUUUCUUAUUCGUUUGUUGCUUUAGAUACAUUUUCAAUACAUUUGAUCAAUACAUUUGUGUAAUCAACAAUUAAAGACGA